GGGGUGGAGGGAACAAGAAACCAUCACGAAAAGUAAAACAAUAGACGUACAUGCGAGUAAUUUGUUCGCAUUCGCACGCGCCAAAAAAACAGAACCACGUGCUGACGUUGCAGUGGGGGAGUCUUCUGCAUACUACCUCUUCGUGUGCCUUUGCCCAUUUCUGACCCGUCCGUUGGAUGUGAGUCAGAUGAAUUUAAAAGUUCAUUGCAUUUUAUGCUACCAUGACUUACUCUUCCCUCGCCUCACUCAUGCUUCAAUAUUUGCUGCUGGUGCUUGUCAUACUUGGCCCGGUGGCGAGGUGUUCGCCAACAACGGCGUGGAUAAUUUCUGCUUUAAUUGAGACCUUCCGACGGAUUGGCACGACGGGAAUGAUUCGUUGUUACGUCAACGGGGACGUAACGGGGAGAGAGCAGAUGAGGCCAUGAAGAACUGGAGAGUGCUGUCGUGUGAUGCGAAUCCCUUUACCUACCAUAAUGUACAGUCACAUCACCGCGGGUAACUAUAACUACAUUCCCUAAAGAAUGCGUAUGCAUUACCUUGGAUCGAACGAUUUGCGCCGGCGUGUUAUUAGCAGGCUGUACCAUAGCAACGAGCACCCUUUAAAGUGUGUGCGUUGUCAUAGUGAGCUGUUCCUGUCAAAUGCUUUCCAACUUCUCGGACACACAAUCGAAAGUAAACGAGUUUCGUGCUCCGAAUCAAGCAGAUAAAAAAAUAGUUAAAAGUGAAGAGAGUCGCCACCAUGUCUACCUCAUCCGCAACCCGUACACCAGAUAAGAAGAAAAAACCAUUGCCAUACUUUAUGCAAAAAUCGGAAGAUGCGGCACUACCCUCGUUCCAGAACCGGCGCACACUAGCCGACCACGUGAAGGACAAUAUGCUCUGUGCUGGGCGGAAGCGUUACUUCCAGCGUAUCGUGUACGUUGGACGGCACCCGAAAGUGACCGGGAUGACGUUGCGCGAUCGGUUUCUGAAGCUGAUCAAAGACCUGCAGGAGUGUACGACGAACGAGAUCAAGCUGUUCGGGUUGAUGAUCAACUUUGACGGCUACACGGUGCAUAUGGUCGAGAGUGCCGAGGAGACGAUCGGCGAGUACAUGCACACACUGGCAGCGUGUGACCUGUUCGAGGAUAGUCGCGUCGUGCUGGUGUACAACAACAUCAAUCAGCGCUUCUUCCGCAAGCUCGUUUGGCGCGCUUCGGACUAUCUGAACGAGCUGCCCCGCACGGAACUGGACCAGCGGGAUCCGAACCUGACGCAAAACACGAUCGAUGCAUUUCUGGUGAAGGUGUACAAACUGUGCAAGAUGGUUCGGGAAGAGGAACUGGACGAAAGAUCCGCCUUUAAAUCGCUUUAUCUGGACGAAAAUUAUGAGGAACACACGCCAGACAUUGCGGUGUUGGAAUAUCUGCUCGGACUGAAGUGUCUUUUCACUGUGCCGGAGUAUGCAACGUUCUACGGCAAGUUGCCGGACGUGACCAGCUUCCGGGACCGUGUAUGGCCCAUCCCGAAAGACCUAACACCGUACGAUGUGUUCGAAACGGGCAAAUACGAUGUGAAUUUAACGUUUGGUGGGAAAUAAGCCCGAAGCUCGGGUUAAUCGCAAAUAAAAACAAGUUAUGCUCUUCGAAACGGA